GCAGCUGUGUGUGUGUGUGCGGCUCAACUUAACAGGAAACACAGUAAAGACUCUCGGUGUAGAUUUUCUUCUGUUCAUGCAGUGAUCUUUCUGCUUUGCUUGCCUGGAUUUUUGUCUUUUUUUAAGAGUUCAAAUCUGAAACUUUGGUUUUUAAACAGUUUCCUACUUGCCAGUUUCUGUUUGACAAGUAGUAACAGAGACUUGUUGUGAUUUUGUGUCCACAAAGAUGUUUGGAGAUAUAUCCAAAACAGUUGUGAAGCAUCUGGGUGCUGAGAAGGAUCUUAACUACAAUGGAAAUGUCAACCAGAAGAUUGAGAUGCUGACUUUAGUGAGAGUCAGAAGGAACUUCUUCGGUAUCCCCAGGUACGGGAUCAUCAAUAAAACACUGCUCCACCUGCUGGAGGAACCGGACUUUAACCCAGAUUUCACAGAGGAGGUUCUGGUGGAGGAUUUUAAGAUCCAGAGAGACAAAGGUGGUCGAGGCUCUGUAGCAGCAGGAGCUGAUGCAACUCAAAGCAGUCUGAAAGUGACUGCAUCGAUGGACACUGUGGACGGAGCGUCAUCCUUCACUCUGAAGAAAAAGACAGUGGACACCAAUCAAUUGGAGAGAAUGGAAGACAAGAAGAUAAAGAUGAAGUUGCUGACUGACCUCAAACUAAAGAAAGCUAAGCUGGCUUGUGUUUACCAGACGGUCUACAACACCACUCCUGUCACAUUUAAUGUCAAAGCUGGAAAGUGCGGUUCAUUUUGGGCGAUGUUGAGUAACAUAUUCAAGAUGUUGCUGUCGAGCAACACGAAGGAGGAGACGAGCUUCACUGUUCCCAAAGACACCACCUUUGCUUACGGCCUGAUAGAGAUCAACACAGAGGGCGGGACUCUGGGAAUUCCUCCACGAAUCACGGAAGGAGGAAACAUUAGCUUCGACGGAGAUGGAGACGACUCCUGUAAGACGCUGGAAGACCUUAUGGAAGAAAUAUCAGAAAAGGCAUGUCUUCUGAAACCGCUGGAAACACUUCCUCAGUCGAGCCGUCGUAAUCUGCUGAAAGCGCUCAGUGAGCUCGUGCGUGACAGAGAUGCUCUCACACUGCUGGAGGAAACAUUGGAUAAAGAAAUGACUGAAUGUCCACAGUCUCAGAGUGUCUCUUCAUUCAUGGCUCUUCUUCGUGAAGCCUCCUCCAAACAGAGGGAUGCUGUUCAUCUGCUGGUCACAGCCAUGGACAGUCUACCAGACGGUGCUGCUGCUCUUCUGACUGCCUGCAGUCCUGAAACACUGAGAGUUCUCCAGCAGCUGGUGAGUUGUCUAAUGGAGAACGGUCAGGCCAGACUUCCAGACUCUUUGCCCGUCUCCCUGCAGGAGGAAGGAGCGCUUUGCUGUGUGGCCAAGGUCCUCUGUUUGACUGAUCAGAAGUUGAAAGAGCUGAGAGAUCAGUGGGACGGACAAGAGUUACCACCAGAGAUGCUGCUGGAGCUUGUGUGUCUUGUCGUGCAGGGACUUGACUACAUUUAUAAUGUAGCCUGCUCUUCUUACAUAUAAGAGUACAUUUUAAAGAAAGGGACCACAACUUGUCAAGUGUCAGGUGUUUAUAUGAAAGUGCUGUAAUCGCUCCCCCUGUUCAUACUGGCUAUUAAAAGAUUUCCUUUAAAUGUGAUUGUGGUCCAAAAUCUA